UGCCCCGAGCGCAGUUCGAGUUACAGUCUAGGCAUCCUGCUACCUGGCGAGAGGAAAUCACCGGUAGGUCGGCUACCCGUAUGGGGGCAUUGAAGUCUAGGCAUACUGUUACCUGGCGAGAGGAAACCACCGGUGGGUUGGCCACCCGUAUGGGGGCAUGGUAUGAUAUUUUAUGUGGGGGGCGUAUAUCUAGUAUAUCUAGUAUAUCUAGACUUCCUUCUUCCCCCGACACCGCUGUAUCGAUAAGACCCAACAAACCUUUCCCCCUUGUCGUCCAUUACAAAACCGUAAUACUUCACUGCUCCUUCGCUCUCUGUGCCCAUGACUCCUCAAUCUAUCGGGAAUAUCUGGCCUCAAUUGGCCCAGACUCAGUCCGGGCCGCCAAUCUCUGGCCAUGGGGGAAACCCCACCUCAGCCCAACCCUCACCCUUCCAUGGAUGGGAGAACUAUCCCCUCACGCUGACUAACUACAAUGCCCUAAGUCAGAAUGGGAGUGUGAUUUCGAAGAACCUGCACGACGACUCCAAGAGGCUAUUUCAUGGCCCCAAGGCCGCUUCGCUGGAGAUACUAGACGUUCUCGAAGCCCCGGAUGCGAACUGUAUGCCACGAGCCACAUAACCCCGGAUCCCGUGUAUCUAGCUAACAGAGAAUUUUGGGCGUAGCACCGUUAAUCCAGCGAUACGCCGAUCAUCAUUCAUUCGAGGAGAUCCUGACGGUAAGUUGGCCCAUCGGAUUCCCUCGUCACCCGCUAAUUAUCUCCUACAGGACGAGAGAGAGUUCCAUUUUAGAUGCUUGUAGGUCCUCCAGGCAGAGAGAGGGAUCAGUCGCAGAGACUGUGUAUUUGGCCCGGAACUAACACUUGCCAGCACAAUCACGCCGAGCCACUCAUGGGACAAGUUACCUAUAACAGAAGAAAUGCUCCGAAAGCUCCUGACAUUCUAUAAAGUUUCUCCGGACUUCCUGCGAGUGGUUCAUAAUUUUGGGAAACAGGGCCGGGAACGGAUAGAUUCCUCAGCUGUGUUCCGCCGCCUGCUCAAGCCAAAGGGAACGCACCCCACAGCUUACGUCUCUGGUAUUCUCUCCCCCAAAUCGCCACGAAAAUUUCCCACACUAACACCUCCACCACCAGAGAUCUGCAUCCGAAUGGCUCAAGUUGAAAAACACGGCAGAGUAGACCCAGAUCUGCCGGACCGUGACCCUUGGUCGGUCCGCCAAAUUGGCUGUUACCAAAGAUUUGACUACGAGAACGACUCCUCCGUCUGUAUUCACAUAAUGCCCCCGAAGGAUGUGAAAUCCCGCCUCGCCGAAUCCCUGGCGAGAGGGAGAUUUAGCAAAGAAUCGGAGCAUUUAAGCCCUCUAUCGCUGCAUCUCGCCUUCGUCACGACUGCGAUGCAAAAUUGGCAAGCCUAUGUCGAAGAUUUGGAGUCUGAGCUUGUGAAACGUGUAAGUUCUCAUGAUGCUUGCAAACCAAUCCCGUUCAUGCACUAACAAUCUUCAAACAGCAAGAAUGUGUCCUCUUGACGGACGGGGAAUGGGAGGAUUGUAGGAGAGGCGUGGGGGGAGGCGUUCGAGCACGUUAUUCGGACCUUCGGAUGCUACAACGAUACUUUCGGGACAAAGUCCUGAACACCAUAUCUGUCCUCAACCUUAACAUGGAUGUGUUACAAGGGCUGCAAGCACAUGCUGAAGGGUUACGGUCCCUCGGGCUGCUUACUGAUGCUGCUUACAAAGAUGCAUCAGACACACUCGAGUAUAAUACUUCCAUAUUACGAAAUCUCCAAAGAGAUACGGAAACUAUACUCAACAAGGCUGGUAACACGGCUCAGCUGGUGUGUUUCUCUCUCCGCCUCGCAAAAUUAAGACUGACAGGCCCAAGAUUCAAGUAAUGAUCGAAAUUCGGAAUGAUGGGCUCAUCCGGAGCUACACCCUAGCAAACAAAAAGCUCGUCGACGUGGCGCGCGAUAACCACCAGGACAGCAAACGCAUGAUAGAACUCGCCAGACUAGCAAAACAUGACUCCAGGACCAUGAGAAUCGCAACCAUGCUGGCCACAAUCUACCUCCCCGGGACAUUUGUCGCCGUAAGUGCUCCAAUUCCCACAGGCUUCAGCAGCGCGUCCUGACCCACCCCCCCAGACAGUCUUCGGAAUGAAUUUCUUCCACUCGGACAUCGAAACCGCGGACGGAAAAAGGGUCGACAGGUUUUCCAUUGAGAGACAUCUCUGGAUAUUCGGCGUGACACUCGUGGUACUCACUGUGCUAACUCUUGCCUCUUUCCUCGUAUGGGAGUGGUGCCUACUGCGGCAGGAUCGGGGGUUGGGGCCAUGGGAAGAGGACGAGGAGCGGAGGCUAUGGCGGGAAGCUGGGGACCAAGCCCAAGUGGUGAGGAGAGAUUCGAUGAAAAUCGGAUAG